AUGAAGGUCGUUGUGUUCCUCCUAGUUUUCGCGUGUUGUUUCCAUCAAAUAUGCAGUUUCCAACGCUCGAUCGUUGUCUUGAAAGCAUACAAAAAUGGUAGUGUGUCAGAUUAUCGCUGCAUUUAUUUGUCGAAAACAAGUCGAUUAGAUCCUUUCUUACAGACGACAAAAUUGAAACUGGUCAAUUUAGUGUCUCCUUCUUCUUCCAACAAUGGACUUGAUCUCUCUGGUUUAUUGCCAAUGCCACCGAUUUCUGUGUCCAUUCUAUGGGACAAUUUUCAAGAUUCCGAUAUAAUACAAUUAAAUCCAAAACUUUUAGUGAUUAUUUAUAAUGGGGAAUUAAAAAUGAAAUUUAAAAUGUUAACGGCUUCACAUGCUGCGGAUGUAUUUAAUCGGUCGGUAAUAUUUUUAGAUGCUGAUCAAUUCAAUGAUAUUAUUCUUAGUAAAUCUAGUGCUAUUACGGAUGAUAUUUUCCUUUCUGUUUCUCCAUUUACUAAUUCUUCAAUCGCAUAUGAAAUUUUAAUUUGGGUUUUACUUUAUGGAUUUGUCACUACCGCUAUUAUACUGGCUGCAUGGAUGAUCGUUGUAAACUGUGAUGAAAUGUUAUUAGAGUUUACUCAACGUUAUAGUGGAUUACCAAAAACUGGUAUAUGCUCAUAUUUGAUCAUCGUUGUGUUUCUACUGGUUGCAGUUAUGGCCUUAGUGAUAAGUUAUUUUUUCUAUGAUAUUAUUGUUUAUAUCCUGAUCACCGUGUUUGUAUUGAUGGGCACAUAUUCAAUCGCCUAUUUUCUCGUAUUUAUCACUCAACGUUUUAUUCCAUCAAUAAACAAAAUGAUAACAUGUGAUUCAAAGUUAUGUCGAAUUCUAGGUGUUAGGAAAGUACCUGUCUUAUUUCUGGUCGCUUUACCGAUUGCUUUGUCUAUUACAAUAACUUGGUUGGUAUUUCGUAAAGAUGAAAUGAUUGGUUGGCCUCUUCAAUCUGUUAUUGGAUUACUAUUAGUAUCAACUAUUCUUUCAGGUUCUUUGGUUGUACCAUCGGUUAAGGUUGGUACACUUUUAUUCGUGGGAUUCUUGAUAUACGAUGUAUUUUUCGUGUUUAUCACGCCAUUAUUCAGUUCACAUUCAUCAACUGACGUCAACACCCAUCCAAAUGUCGAACAAGUAAGAAGACGACGAUCAAAUAUUGACAGUUAUAUGGAAGCUGUAGCUACUGGAACAGCUGGAAAAAGUGGUGAAAUAUUACCAUUGUCAUUUCGUCUACUUAUUAAUGAGUAUAUCCAGGUUAAUAGUUAUGUUAGUGACACUUUACCGCAUAGUUCACUAUUAGGAUUUGGAGAUGCUGUUAUACCGGGAUUAUUUCUUAUGUUUUUGGUGUUCUAUGACGCAUGUUGGAGAAUUUCGUAUUACCGACAUUUUGUUGGAGGAUAUAUAGGUUAUUCGAUUGGUUUUGUAAUCGCCAUCACUGUGUUAAAUGUUACCAGUGGUAGUCAACCUGCCUUAUUAUACCUGUGUCCAUGCACAUUUUUUAUAACUUUUCUAACUGUUAUUACAUUCGAUGGUUUAAAUGAAUGGAAAAAGUUAUGGUCAGGUAAAUUGCCAUCUAUUGUCGGCAGAAACAAUACCUUGUAUCGUGGUGAUGAGGAUGGUGAUAAUAACAAUGCUAAUAAUAGCCAGAAUAAUGAUAUCGAUAAUAUCAGUAUUAACAGUGAUAAUCGUCGUAAUAAUAAUAAUAAUAAUAAUAAUCCUGGGGCUAAUGAACACUCAGUUAACUAUUUAAAAGUCAAUGAAUACCAUUUCAAUCACUUAAGCAAUCAGUCAUUAAACAAUUCAAAAAAUUUUCUAGUCAUUGAAUCAUAAUCAUUUGUGAAGUGUGUAUUAUUAUUAUUUUAUUUAUUUAUCAUAAAAAAAAUAUAAACUGUGAUAUUUAUUUUUAAUUUCUUGUAAAUAGUUUUCCUUUGAUUGUAUGACUGACUCCACUAUCAUUUCUGCCUCAACUGCCUCACUUCUUUGCUUUGAAAUAAGCUAUAUGAAGUACGAAAAAUAUAUAUAUAUACAUCUAUCUA